CGUCAUCUUCUUUGCCUUUUCAACUUGCCGCUGCCUGUCCUGACUCGGGUUCGAUUGUCUGUGUGCCGCCUUAGUCCAAACUUUGUCGGCGUCCAGGGUACACUUGACCGUCGACCGGUCGCGAGCUUCCGGUUCGGCCUCACGGUUCUUCUCGUGUCGAAAGCGGACUUUUAGUGUCAAGGCGAGCGCCGCUGAAACUUUGGUCUUCGUCACUCGAGUUGGACAAAGAAAGAUGGCAGACAACGAAGAGCAGGAGCAGCAAGUGUCGUCCAGUUCGGCUCUCUUUAGCGACUUGGUCCACCACUACCAGGCCGAACCCGAGACCGAGCCUGAACUCUACACCGGUCUUCCGCUCGAUGAGCAGCCCAAGGAGGACCUCUUCAGCCUGGACGACAUCGUUGACUUAGUCGGCGGAGCCCAGGAUGCCUUGGAGCGGCACAUGGCUGAAGAUGGGGAGCCACACGGGUUCACGGAACCCCACGAAGAGGAGCCCGACUUACUAGACCCGCAGCCGGACCCGGUGCCACAUUUGAGGGAAGAACAAGAACAAGAGACGGAGGAGGACGAGCAGCUCACGCCAGACUCCAGCGACACCUCCAGCUUCCGACAGACGCAUUCACUUUCCGAUGCCAGUCGAGAAGCGGAGCCACAGGUUUGUCCGGUGAGCGACGCCCUCCCCGCGGCGCCUGCAACCCAGCCAGCAGCGCCAUCCCCCGCACACGCGGCGCAGACACCGGCCGACACACAGCCAGCACGGGCUCCGGUAUCUUGCUGCGUCCACGGCUGGAAUCUAAACGUGGGCCCCAGAGAUGCUCCUUCUUCUCCUUCUAAACCUCAACCUCUGAUGCAAUUCCCUACAGACCUGGGGAAGAAGGGUGGUUCCCCCGCUCCCAUCUCCCCCCUCUCUCCCCUCCACUCCCCCGAUUCCCUGGAAGAGCUCUCUUUGACGGAGAGCCCCAACCAGCCCUAUCCUCCGGGAUCCGCCCUAUCCCAAGGCUCCUUUUGCGUCCGGUCCAAGGAAAUGUCCUGGGAGGAUGACCAAGAACAUUCCGGACCGGGCCUCGGUCAGGAUGAGGGGGAACUACAUCGGUUAACCGGUCCUUACCUGAGCUUAGGGAAAGACCCGGGGCCUCAGGUGCUAUGUGAAGACAGCGGAGUGUCCUUCUCACCUGAGGAGAAGCAUCCCAGUUCCGAACUGUCCCCCGCCACCCCCCGGAUGGUUGUCAAGUCUGACCUUGCCUCCUCUAACCCAACAGAGCACCGGGACUCACCGCUUCUCGGAUCGCAAGACGACGCCGAGGUCCCGAUGGAUUCCUUUUCCAAGGUAGCAGCCGCCAUCGGCUCUCCCGGGUACGAGUCGGAGCCGCUCGGCAACCCUUCGGAUGAAGACGACGACUUGAUGUACGAGACGAAGAAGAAUAAUAACCCGUUUGAUGGCUUUUCCCCGCUGGCCGACAGCGCUUCCUACAACUUUGGCCAGUCCCGAUCUGACCCCGGAGCCGCCGAGGUGUCAGACAGUCCCACUCCGGAUCUUGUCCACUCCCGACAAUCUGAAGAACUCCGGGAUAGUCCGCCGUCAUUCUUAGAUGAGGGGAAACCGUUUGAGUCGGGCACCAAAGCCGUCGGUCACUUCUCAUCCGACCUCGAGGAGGAAGACGAAGAGGAGGAAGAGGAUCCGACGCUGCCGCCGUCGCUUCCGGACAUCCUGAAGUCUUCCCCGCUCAACCCUGACAAAAUGGACUCCGGCUCCUCGGAGGGAAGUCCGGACGAGCAGAGCCCCAUUCUGGAACGCAGGAUGAUGGAGUCGCCCAACCCCCCCAUCAACCUGUCGGCCAACAACCCCUUUGCUCUGGAUGCUAAGAUGUCUCUGCUUCAGGAGAUGGCUGAUGAGAUGGAGGUGAAAGGGUCCGACAAAGCGAAAGAUGAAGAAGUGAAACGCUUCGGUGCCUUCGACCUGCUCAAAGAGGCUGAGGAAACCACCCCGGCGCAGCAGAAAGAUUGGUUCUCGAGUCACCUUCCUCCCGAGGUGACGGGAACGUUUGAGCCCGUUGAAUUUGAAAGCCGGAAAGCCCCCGCCGCCGAGGAGUCCGAUUCGGAGUCGGCGACUGCAGACUCUCUGUCUCCGGUCCUGGAGGCCAUGGCCAAGAACCCCGCCAGUUUCCAGGUGGAGAAGAAGAAUACCAAGGUGGAGCUGGAGGAGGAGCCCGAGUUGGCCGACGAGGUCUCUGAGCACGAGGUCUCAUCCGAGGAAUUCGAGUUCAUCGAGAGACCGCCGAAGGGAGUCAUCGAUGAGUUCCUCGAGGCUCUCGAUACUUCCAAGUUUGCAGCCCCCAAGGCCUGCCCGGAGAUCCCCGUGGAUGAGGUGCGCAGCUUUGAGCGGCUUCCUGCGUCUGCUCCGGUUCUUCCCGAGAUGGCCGCCGAAGAUCCAAGUCAGAGCUCUUACCUGCUCCUAACCCAGUCCUCCUCCCAGAAGAGCAAGGCCGACCCCGAUCCGGAUCAAUUCUCCGUUCGGGAGCCGGCGUUCCAAACGGCGCGCCCGAAUGCCGCCGUCCGUAAGCCCGAAGAGGCGCUGGCGCAGGAGAGCGGCAAAGCCUUCCGCAUGCCACGCGUGAACAUUUCGGCAGUGGUGGAUCUGUUGUACUGGCGCGAUGUGAAGACGACGGGCGUGGUGUUCGGCGCGGUGCUGCUGUUGCUGCUGUCGCUGACGGCGUGCAGCAUCGUCAGCGUCUGCUCCUACGUUGGCCUGGCGCUGCUCUCCGUCACCGUCUGCUUCCGCAUCUACAAGGGCGUCCUGCAGGCCAUCCAGAAGUCCGACGAGGGACACCCCUUCAAGCAGUACCUGGAGCGUGAGGUGACGCUGUCGGAGGACGUGGUGCACAAGUACAGCGACGUCCUCCUGGAGAGAAUCAACAAGACCGUCAGCGAGCUCCGCCGUCUCUUCCUGGUUGAGGACCUGGUGGACUCCAUCAAGUUUGCCGUGCUAAUGUGGGUCCUGACCUACGUGGGCGCCUUGUUCAACGGACUCACGCUGGUCAUUCUGGCCGUGAUCGGAGCCUUCAGCUGUCCCAUCAUCUACGAGAAGCACCAGGCUCAAAUUGAUCGCUACCUGGCGCUGGUCAACAACCAAAUAAAAGACAUUGUUGGAAAGAUCCAGGCCAAAGUUCCUGGGAUGAAACGUAAAGCCGAGUGACGAGAACGAGAUGCGACAAAGUGCGGAUUGGAGGCUGGCUGGACGCACAGGAUGAGAAAGGGGGGGCUUCAUGUCCACGUUAGGCAGAGGGGGAAUGUGUGGGGGUAGGCGUCGCCCUUCCAAGUUUAUUUGUCAAAUCAUGAAAACUCUUCUUUUUUUUUUUCUCCACUUGUGAAAUUUGGCUUUUCUGGAAGAAGACAAAGAAGAAAGUUUUGCUUGCUGUGUGUACUGCCCCCGCCCCCAAUCCUGCUUCCCUGGGGGGGGAGGUCACACGCUCCCUAGGUCGUUGUUUUUUGUGGCUGCCGAUUGACACUUGUUAAUUUAUAUGACAAAAAAUGUUGUAGGAAAGUAUAUGUGAGACCACGUUAAGUUAGACAGGCCGGUGUUUUGUUUUUGGUUUGUUUGACCCCCCGCCCCUCCAGCUGGCUUCUUUCUCCUCAUGGGUAGAGGGUGUCCGUUUUGCGCGCAAAGGAUGAUAGGCAGGGUGGGCGGGGCUAUGAGCAUUUGCCAACAGCAUCAUUUCAUCAUCGUCGUCGUCAUCAUCUUCACGGCUUGUGAGUAACUCGCUAGGAUCCUCUUUCUAGAAAACAUUUGGCAGUCUUGUUGUUUUGGUGUCAUGGCUGUUGUGUUGUGUUGGAAGGAACACAUUGACCACAUCAAAUCCUUUCAAUUCAGUCAGAAAAGGAAAAAAAAACAACAACCAAGGCAUUAAAAAAUGCAUAUUAUAUAUGGAGCUCAACUCUUUAUAAAAAAAAAACUUGCAGCAUUUGUUUGAAAUUAUGUGAUCGACUUGUUCAUACUUCAAAUUGUGACCAGAAAAAGUUUGUGGAAUGCGUUGUGACAUGUCAACAUUAUCCACCAAUAAAGCUUCUAGAAUAAAGAUGAA